CCAGUCCAGUUCUUGAGGUGUAAUAAUAUAGUAAACCCUAGCUCACUCAUCUCUCACUUUGUAGCUCAUUUUCCUCUCAGUAAUCUGCUCCCGCGCCUCCACUGUAUCUUAUCGCCAUGGCGUCAGAAAAGAAAUUAUCGAACCCGAUGAGAGAGAUUAAGGUUCAGAAGCUCGUUCUCAACAUCUCCGUCGGCGAAAGCGGUGAUCGUCUCACAAGAGCUGCUAAGGUGUUGGAGCAACUCAGUGGCCAAACCCCUGUUUUCUCCAAGGCAAGGUAUACUGUGCGUUCCUUUGGGAUUCGGCGUAAUGAAAAAAUCGCUUGCUACGUCACAGUUAGAGGUGACAAGGCAAUGCAACUCCUUGAGAGUGGCUUGAAGGUCAAGGAAUAUGAGCUCUUGAGAAGGAACUUCAGCGAGACUGGCUGUUUUGGUUUUGGAAUUCAGGAACACAUUGAUCUUGGAAUUAAGUAUGACCCUUCAACUGGUAUUUAUGGCAUGGACUUUUACGUUGUUCUGGAACGUCCUGGGUACCGUGUAGGCCGUCGUCGUAGGUGCAAGUCUCGUGUUGGGAUUCAGCACAGGGUCACUAAGGAUGAUGCCAUGAAGUGGUUCCAGGUGAAAUAUGAGGGAGUUAUCCUUAACAAGGCUUCAAACAUAGGAGCUUAGGUUGUAAGAGGCAUUAUCUGACUGCACAAUUUAUAUAUGUGUUUUAUCAUCAGUUUUUGCCAAUGUUUUGUGGAAUUCCAGCUUUCGACAACUGUGUUCGUCCACAUUUUAUAAUUUUCCAGAGAUUAUUUUAUGUUGCUUUUUGAGUGGCUGAUGGGUUAUGCUGGUUACAUUUAUGAAUAUUGGUUAGUUCAGGCUAUUAAAUUAUCUUAAUAUUGGUUUUUGUCUGGCUCUAACAGAAAUGUGUUAUGCUAAAAAUAAAAAAUGAAAUUGAUUUCAUAUGCA